CGCAAACGUCUGGUAGAGAGAGUGUACACAAUAGAUUAGAUGUAGUGCGGCGACGCUUUGAUGGUAAUACAAGGGGAAUUUAUCGUAUAAAAAUCCCCACCUAGGAGAUAAAUGGUCAUUGCAGAUAUUGCAUUUAAUGCAGAGGCGCCACCUUACUAUAUGGCUUCAACAAUUUAAAUUUAUGUGUGUGGUGGAUAUUGCUUGUGAAGCUUUCAUCAAGCUGCCAUUACUCUGAAGAAAGGUGGACUGUCAGAAUUUUGACCUUCAUGUCAAUAACAUUCAAUUGGUGCACAUUGGCUCUUGCGCAGUGGAAAAACAAAAGUAGUAUCUGCACAAAAAUAGCAUAUGGAUGCGACAUCCUUUUAAAGCUGGAAGUCGCGGGAAGUACUUUGGGCAGCAGCUUGAUGAUUGGCGCCAGAACAGCGAGCUAUACUCGAAAAAAGCGGACUACGACUACCACCACGCGAUGGCGCAGCACGCGGCCGUGGUGUCGGCCGCGGGCGGCGGCCAGCUGCACCCGGCCAUGGCGCAACUGCCCAUGCUGCCCACCGGUCUCAACUUGUCCAUGGGCUCGGCGGCCAACAUGGCCGCCAACAUGGCUGCUGCCGCCGGCCUCCAGAUGUCGCAGCUGACGGCGAGCGCCAACUCCACCUCGUCGUCCGCGUCAUCGGGGGGCGGUGGCGGCGGCGGUGGAGGUUCGGCGGCCGCGCUCCACCACCACCACCAUCACCACCACCAGCACAUUCAGCACCAGCAUGGGAAUGCUCCGGCGGCGCACCAGCAGGCUGCCGCUGCGCUGCACCACCAGCACCAGCACCACCACCACGUGGGCUACAUGGGUCACAUGGGCGCCGGCGCUGGCGUCGUCGGCCCCGGUGGCAAGCUCAAGCACAAGAAGCCCAAGGUGAACAAGGACGGAGUGCCGGCGCCCAAGCGUGCCACCACGGCCUACAUCACCUUCACGCAGUGGUACCGCGAGGAGAUGAAGAAGUCGGGACGCCAGAUUCCUCGGAUUGGUGAUUUUGGCAAAGAAUGUGCCGGGAAGUGGAACACAAUGUCAGAUGAGGACAAGCAGCCUUUCCUCAGCGCUGCUGCAAGAGACCGUGAACGAUAUAAGCGGGAGAUGGCUGUGUACAAGCCAGCCCGAGAUGUCAACAAGCCUAAGCGCCCUGGCACUGCCUUCAUGCUCUUCAUGGGCGACUUCCGGAAAGAGAUGGCUGGCAAGGAACCAGAGGGUGGUGUGGCCGCACUUGCAAAGUUGGGUGGGGAAAGGUGGCGGGGCAUGUCAGAGGAGGACAAGCGGCCUUAUGUCGAGAGGCAAAACGAGGAGAAGAUCAAGUACGAACAAAACAUGGAGGACUACAGGCGCAAGCAGCAGACAGCCGAGAGCCAAGCAGCCAAGCUGCAGCAACAGCAGCAGCAGGCGGCAGCGGCAGCUGCUGCAGCAGCAGCGCAGGGCGAUGACCAGGGUGGCGGCACCCGUGACCAGCAGCAGCAGCAGCAGCACGACAACGGUGGCGAUUCAGAGUCGGGCGAGGACACUUUCCAUGGCAACCAGAGCCACUCGAACCCACCGUCGGGUGGCUCGACACCCAGUCCCGGUGGCGGUGGUGCCACGACGCACUCCGAGCACACGGACGAGUCGCAGCAGGGCGCCGCACCGCCCACCUCAUCUGCGGGCGGGUCGGCCACUGCCUCAGAGCGCGGUGGCAGCAACGCGGGCGGCUUGCCGUCGCUGGCGUCGCCCCUGUCACUGGCGCACCCACUGGCUUCGCUGGGCUACCAGCACUCUCUGGCCAGCUUUGGCAUCACUUCGGGUGGGUUUGGUGGCUCGGCGCAUGCUGCGCACGUGGCUGCCUCGACUGCCGCUUCGGCCUACCUGCCUGGGAAUGCGGCCACCUACUCGCAGGCCCACCUGCCUGGGCCGUACAGCUGGACCUGAGCACUGGGCUCCCAAGGGGGGAGCGACGGAGCGGGGCGCCUCGUAUGCAACUUGUAGUCUCUUGUCCUCGUCUCUUCUGUCGUCGGCCCACCGCCUCCUCCCCUGUCCCCCCCUUCUCAACUCAAUGGCAAAGAAGGCCCUUCACCUGCGGCGUGAAUCUCGCUCGCAGUGUGCCUCAGCAGCCCUUGUGUGCAAGGUGCCUGUGCAGCGAGCCGUUUUGGAAGCCACAGCCGAAGUGCUUUGCUCGUGUGCCAAGAUCCAACAGCUGGACUGGGAAGACGUCAAACCACGCUAUGGUCCCUGCCCGGGUGUUGUUUGGGAAAACUGCGGGGAAAGCCAUCUCUGCGAGGCCCACUUUGGGGAAGUGCACUUGAUGCGUGGACCAAACAGGAGUGGAGACUUUCGUUUUGUGUUUGCCUUCUAUUUGAGCUCGCUGCUUUCAUUGCCAUCACGUGCUUAGCGGUUUCCUCAUCUACAUUGCGAUCAAUUGAUUGCCAUCUUGGCUGUGUUGUUAGGGGUCUGCCAGCUGCAAAGCUGCUUACCUUUGUGGUGUCAUUAUGGCCUUGUUCUUUUGUCACACACAGAUACUUGUAAAAAAAAUGCUGUCCUUGUGUCUCGACUUGAAUUUGUCGUUAAGAUCAUUUUUCUUAGCUAUUUCCAAGUGAAAAUUGUCUCAUCAUUCUUGCAACCUAAUUUAUUGCUUACAAUUCGUGAAGAGUUGCCGGUGCACUGUAGCAUUAUUUUAAAUGCAAAAGAAUAUAUUGGCAAUGCAUUGAACUGCAUGAGGAGAGCUGCAUUUGCCAUCUUGCUCUUUUGUUUCGUGAGAUGUCUGGGGCCAUUUGCAUAGCCACGAUGGUUUUAUUCUUGUUUCUUAUCGAGGCUGUCAGUGAACUGCAGUGCCAUUCCUCAUAAAUGGCUGCCUCUUUUAUGUGCCUAGCUUUUUUCUGAAUUGCUGGGGCCACCCCGCCAGAGCAGGGCCACACACUUGCCUUGCCACGCAGUUAUGUAAGAGCUCAGCUAAUUGUGUCUAAUAAUAUUCUGCUCGUGCAAAUCGCUUUAAAACACGGGGCAAGUUACUUAACACGCUUUUUAUUCCCCCAUAUUUUAUUCCGGUAUCGCACUCUGCUGUUCUAAGCCAAAUGAGCACAACUCUUUCUCGGCAAGAACAUUUUGUUGUAAAAGGCAUUGUGGAAAACAAUUACACGCAGGUGCACAUAUUUAUGCUUCCAGUAGUUUUCCAAGACCAGCUUGUGUGCGUGUUGUGGGUGCGCCUCUCUUGGAGGAGAUUUGGGGGGGUGAAUAUAAUUGAUGGGGGCUGCACACAAAUGCUCUGAGAGCUUUUAACAAUGAGAGAUUAAUCAGCUGGCAGAACUGUUGGCAACCUUGUCUUGCCGCUGCGGCACAGCCUUAAUCUUCGGCAGAGAGAGUGCGUGAAUGUGUGGAGCAGAACUUGUUUGCAAAGUGCCGAGAAUGGUGCGUGAAGGUUGCCAGCUUUGUGAGAAGAAACUAAGCAACCUUUGUGAACAAGGCUCGGUGAUCUGCCACCCCCAGCUUCAAUUCAAGGCGUGUCUUCGAGAGAAGGCACAUAGUUGAGUUCCCUCCUCUUGAGGUGAAAUGGCAGCAGUGUACGUUCGGUGUGUGAACUGAUAAGUAUAAAAAAAAUACUCAGACAUUUUUACAGCGCUUGCAUAUUGAUCUGCCACAAAAAUCGUAGAUUGAAAUGCAAGGGGACACUUUUAUUGGGACAUGUUCAUACGCACAUUGUUGUCAGUAUUUUUUCUUUUGUUUUGGUUUUCUGUUGACUGCAUUUUUUUUUUUUGGUACAUGUUAGAAGUGUGGUGUAUUUUUUUCUUUAUAACGUUUUGUAUAGUUGCUUGUUUCGCUAAGUGGGAUGCGUAAUGAACAGCCAUAGUUGAGAUUUUCUUUUAGGAGAUAAACAGAUAGACAAAAACUGCAUAGAAAGGAUCACAGUAAAUGUUGUCAUAUGGCUCUUUUUUAUUUUGUCUCGCAUUGGAUGCAUGUUGCUUUUUGCCAUAGACAUUGCAUGUCUCAAAAGUAAUGUGGAAAAAGCGUUUUUUAAAAAGCUUGCUCGGUUGGAUCUGUGUAGUGUGUAGGUUAUGCAGGGGCUUUGUGAGCUUUCCACAAUAUCCUGUCAAGUAUAGACCUACACCAUGUUCGUAAACAGCAGUAGGCACCGUCGAUACAUUUUGGGCCCUAUAGCGACGUCGCGUAGGCUCCACCCAUGUUCGCCGCCACCGCUUGCGGAUGGCGCACUUUUUUUCUUUUUUUGAAUGAGGUUGGGUUGGAGGGAGCUAAAACCACGCUUUCAUUAUGAAGCACACAGUAGUGGGGGCGCCGGAUUAAGUUUGACUACGUGAGGUUCUUUAAUGUGCACUCAGUGCGUGUUCUUGCAUUUCGCCCCCAUCGGGAUACGGCCGAACGAGACGCUAGGCCUAGCUCACUGAUCGCUGCAGUGACGGCCGACAGCGCUUGUGACCUGGCCUGCUGCUCAUCAUAGUGCACUUAUUUUUGACUACACGAUUAAUGUGGGCUUAAAUGAAUUGGUUAUGUAGGUGUCGUUGGUGCGAAUAGCAAACGAAACGUAGUCCCUGAAAGCCAGCCGAAAUGCCGUCGUAUCGUUGCUCCCGAUCGCGCCAGUAGUUUAGUGCUAGGCACUGUUUCAUGUUAACAAUAAGCUGUAGCCGAUUUCUACGUCACCGUGAGCGGUGAUAGAAGCGAUCGCCUCGGUGAUGGGACUGGCGAGGUACCGGCCCUACGGCGCCUGUGUAGGCCAGCGUAAUAUGAGCUAGCUGUUGUACGUGGCCGUCCGAUCGCUCCAACUGUAUAUUUUAUUUCGCGCUCGAAAUCUAAUUGACACGUUUAGUCACGUUUAUGACAUCCACACUGCAAUAAAUGCAGCUGUGACUGUGCUGCCAGUGGACGUGUGAUAGGAUAUCUAUACGGCUGGUGGCUCAAUUCUUUUAGAUGAAAACGAAUUCGAAUGUGAUGUGCUUUGUAGGGCAUCUGCUCGCUCGAUCUACAUUCAAGGCUAAUGCUAAUCUAGCUUUCCCACAGUGCGCCAAGAAAUUGUAAUGACAUGCUAAUAACGAUCCUAAGAUCGUAUAUAUAGGUUGGCUAAUGCACGCCAAUCAAAAUAAAAGAGAAGAUUAACAGUUACGAAAUGUUUUGCGCAUAAUGGAUGAUCGGGCAUCGGAAUCCAACUUUCGCUUUUUACCGCGGCGGCCCAUUGCUUGCGACGGUUUUCAUCAACAGGAAACCUAUGAAAACUUUAGCCUCGUGCAUAUUUCGACGCAGCUCAGCUCGUCCACAUACUGCAUUUCUUUCAUUGUAAAAUCAUAGAAUAAAGACCUCACAGAUGGAACCGCACAACCACCCGCGAAACCCAGCGGCUGCUGUGGUAGGCGCGACACGGGCGGCGGCUCGGCGGCGGAGUGCCUACCAAGCGAAACUAAAUUCCGACGACAGUGCCACCGCAUUUUCGUGACGUAGCACUGUGGUGUAGGUCUAUACGUUUGAAUCCGCGGCCAUUAUUAUUUGUUUUUGCACAUUGAGAGCUCUUCUUGGGGAGAGCUGUGGUGCUUUUGCAGGCUUGGGUUGCCUUCUUAAUGGUGCAGUUUCACUGAACGGCUGCAUUGAGUUAGCAAGCGUGCAUUGACUAAAAGUACAUCUGUGCCACUAACUCUUUCCUUACCGUGCCAUAUGGAAUUGUGACAGCUUGAUGCAUGAUCUUUUAACAUGCUGUCUAACAUUGACUUGGGCAUCUUUCAGUGCGCGGCUCCAGGCACUGCACGGGUUCAAUUAAUAUCUAGGUCUGGCGUCAUAUUCAUCAAUCUCUGGCGCAUGGGAGAGUUCAAACUGUCUGAUACACCUUAAGUAUGCCAGCAGCUCGGCAUGUAGCCGCUACACAUGUGAGCACUGUUGCAGUGCAUACAUUGUGUUUCCAUUGGCCCAAUUUUCAGGAAUGACUACCUGUGCAUCUUGUUUCGGGGUGGUUUGGGUUUGAUAUGGAUGCCCUUUUUGUUCCUUGACAAUCUGUUUUCUUAUUGGUGUAUGCAAAAAUGUGCCAAAGCGCACUAGCUUAUGAAAUUUGACCCUCCCUUGGUUCUCCCUUGGUUGGGUACCUUUUGCUUAGCCUAUUUCAUCCACGAGACAUUUUCUGCUGCUGCAAAAAAGAAAACAAAUGCAGGACAGUGUUGGGCUCAUUGUUUGUCCCCUUUUUAAACAGCUACUUCACUGCAGAGCUGUGGCCAACCUCAGUGUCCAGUAGACAUCACGAAACGUUUUUAGUUAAAAAAAGUUGAGACCAUGGUGCAGUACAUAUUUUUCUACAUUUCAGACUUUUUUUGUGUGUUGUGCUUUUCAACUGCACCGUGCACAAUUUUUUAAAAUUAUUAUUAUUUGUUCAAUUUUUACUCUUACAUAUAAUGGAUUUGUACUAGACACUUUUUUUUACUGCUAACAUAUGUCAGAUCCAUUCAAUAUGCCAGCAGCUCGGCUACAGUAUUAUAUCUGCAUAUAUUUGGUGGCUAGUCUUGAAAGGAAAUUUUGAAAAUUGGUGUGGAAUGGAAAGAACACAUUGCAACAGUGAUUAGAUCGUUACUUGAAAGCCCUUUUGGGCAUGCUCUCCGGAGGCAAGGUUGUGCUUAUGUGUUUGUCGUCAGCCAGCACAGUGCAGGUUAGCCCAAGAAAUCGUAGCCAUGCACAGUCUGCAAAAGGCGCAGGGCAUUGUGUACGAUAGACGCAGCCAACUGAUAUGUGAAUUUUUUUUUGACAUUUUUAUUUCCAUCACUGUAUAAAGCGCGCAGAGCAAGCAUUUCUCGCCUCUCUUAGUCCUUGAAUGAGUGAAGUGACCUCUGAAAUAAAAACUGUUUGAGGUCAACUUCUAAAGUGUCUUGAGUACGUGUCAAUGCUUUGUUGUUGUACAUAGUGUGUGUUUUUGGAUCAUCCCACUACGUUUGGAGCACCUCGAGUGAUUUUAUCUCUUCCUUCUUGUUUUAAAAAAAAAAACUUUUUAUCGGCAUGUGCGAUUGUUCAUUUAUUGCGCAUGUGGUUUCGCAUUUGUGGAGCUCGUCCCGCCUCACCUGUUGACAAAAACAUUUGCAACAUUGCUUCCCUUAAACAUAUUUUUCUUCUCUGGGAAGAAAUGGUAUUCUGUGAGUAGGCAUGUAUGCAUCUGUGUGAAGCAAUUUCGAAAUUCACAAGGAACGUAGUGCUAAUAAAACAUCUUUUUUGGUUAAAACAU